AUGGACAUGGACGACAAAACACCAAGAGAUCAGGGAGUGGUUCCUCUACCGCCACCCCCUGUUUCCAAGUGUCCCCCCCGACUUCUGGUCAUCGGUGCCGGUUCUCGCGGUCGGGCCUAUGGCCGAGCUGUCAUCUCCUCUAGCAAUGGCGUUCUUAGUGCUGUUGCGGAGCCAGACGACUACAAGAGGAACAAGUUUGGAACAACGAUGAUAUGGGGCUCAACCCUACUACCACCAGAGGGGGCUUCCUUCAGAGAUUGGCGUGAAUUUGUGGCUUAUGAAACGGAGCGUAGGGCAAGGGCUGAGGCUGGGAAGAAGGAUGUUCCCCUCGGCAUCGAUGCUGCCUUUGUCUGUGUCCUUGACGAGAUGCACCGCGAGGUUGUCGUUGCUCUUUCCAAGCUGGGUGGAAUACACAUCAUGUGCGAAAAGCCCAUGGCGACCACUCUGGACCAUUGCCUCGACAUGUACAAAGCCCUGCAAGACAACGUUGACGCCACAGGCCAACAGACCGUGUUUUCGAUCGGACAUGUUCUUCGCUACAGCCCCCACAAUAAGUUGCUUCGAAAACUACUGUUGAAGGAUCGCGUCAUUGGAGAUAUCUUGUCGGUGGUUCAUACAGAACCCGUGGGCUGGUGGCAUUUCACGCAUUCAUAUGUCAGAGGCAACUGGCGUUGUGAGAGGACAUCGGCUCCCAGCCUGCUUACGAAGAGCUGCCACGAUAUCGAUGUGCUUUUGUGGCUUCUCUGUUCACCUCCAGACUGUUCCUCGCAAGGCUGCCCUCCGCCUCACCUGCCCUCCACCGUUUCCAGCACAGGGUCGCUUCAGUAUUUCAAGAAAAGUAGAAAGCCUUUGGCAGCUGGAGCAGCCACAAACUGCUUGUCCUGCCCCAUUGAACAGUCCUGCAAAUACUCAGCCAAACGAAUUUACGUUGGCCCGGAACUCGUGGGCGUGGGCACAGGCAACAGAGGAUGGCCCUUGAGCAUAGUUAUUCCGGACAUUGAGUCUUAUGGAACUGGGCAAGACGCCGAAGCUGCCAUGCUCGCAAAUCUGGCCGAGGACUACGACGACAACAGCACAAAUGCAGAAGUCGCACAGCGUAACUGGUUUGGCAGAUGCGUCUACGAAAGUGACAACGACGUUUGCGACGAGCAGAUUGUCACCAUCUCGUGGGAUGAAGACCCGAGGCCCUCUUCCCCUUUAUCCAGCCAUGACGGGAGUAGUGGCAGUACCGCACUGACAGCUCCUUUGGCGGAUAAUCUUCGCGGGCGUGGUAGCAAGUUGGCUACGUUCCACAUGGUAGCCCAAACCAAGGAGGUGUGCGAACGGCACACGCGUCUUUAUGGUGUAGACGGUGAAAUUUUUGCCGACUCAAAGACCAUUACCGUUCAUAACUUCAACACGGGACAGAGCAUCACUCAUAACACACAGGUCGAGAGCCUGGGCCAUGGUGGUGGGGACGCUGGUCUGACAAGGCAGUUUGUCAUGGCUGUCGACAUGGUCAAGAAUCACGGCUGGUCUACGGACCGAGCCCAGAGAGAGCUGAUUGGAUGCACUUUAGAUGAGGUUAUUCGAAGUCACGCGAUGGUGUUUUGCGCCGAAAAGGCAAGAAAGGAGAGAAAAGUGGUUGACUGGGCUGAGUGGUGGUCUAAGGAGGUUGAAUCCAAGUUGGAUUCAGAGUGA